AUGGCCUCUGUUCCUUCCACUGAACAGAUCACCGAGAAAGGCACCCUUCCCUGUUUCAGUCAUGUCAAUACACCCAGUGGAUUACAGGAUGGAUUUGGAAUUCACAAUGCGCCUCCGAAGACACUCUCCGAGAAGCAAAUUGAGAAGAGGUUGCUCUGGAAAAUCGAUUGCCUGAUUCUACCCACCCUGGCAGUUAUCUAUUUCCUUGCUGCCAUGGUUGAUCGUGGAGAUAUGGGAAAUGCCAGCAUCGCAGGCAUGAAGAAAGCGCUGCAUCUCACGCCUUCCGAGUAUGCCAAUGCUGUUGCCUUCUUCUAUAUUGGCUACAUCGUCUUCCAGUUGCCCGGCUCCGCUCCAGGUCUUCGCGUUGCUAUUGGUGCAGCAGAAGCUUUCGUCCAAGCAGCUCCGCUCUAUUUGACCCUUUGGUACAAGAGGGAGGAGAUAGUGUCUCGGGCUGCUAUAUUCUUCUCCAUGAUGGCUCUUGCUGGCAGCGCCAAUGGCUUGAUUGAAUACGAUAUCUCAGAGUCCCUUGAAGGAGCCAAAAUCAUUGCCACGUGGCAAUGGAUCUUUAUUAUUGAAGGUAGAUAUACCACCUAUGGCACUAAUUCAAAACCUUCGCGCAUCCCAUCUCGCUCAUCGUAA